AUGGAUAAAUCCAAAAAUUUAUUUGAUCUUCUCCAAGACGACGAAGAGGUUGAAAAGAAACCAACCACCAAAAGCACCCAAGCUGCUGCUGCACCAGUUGCUGCCAAAAAACCAGUUGCACCAAAAACUGAAAACAAAGUUGAAAACAGAUCACCAAAAUUAGGAGGUCAAUCAAAACCAAAGAGAGUCAACAAUGGUGAACAACAAGUUGCAACCUCUGAAGAACGUCAAAACACCAAGAGAGACAGCAAGAGCUAUCCAAAACACCAACCACGUACUGAUGCCACUGGUAACAUUCGUAACCGUCAAUUCGAUCGUAAAUCAGGUACUGGUCGUCCACACAAUGAAAACAAGAAAGGUGGUGCUGGUCAAGGUAACUGGGGUAAAGAAGGUUCAGUCGAUGCUGAAACCAACGUUGCCACUGUCACCCCAACUGAAGGUGAAAAAGAAUCAACUGAACCAGUCGUCGCUGCCCCAGUUGAAGACAAAACCUUAACCCUCGGUGAAUACCUUAAACAACAAGGUUCAGUCACCCUCGAAGCACCAAAACUCCGUGUUGCUGGUGAAGGUGAAACCAAAAACGCUCAAUGGGAUGAAUUCGAACCAAUCCAAAGAGAAGUCGUCAAACAAAGAGAUACCAAAUCUGUCAAAGAAGAAAAGAAAACCAAAAAGAACGUCAUCCAAGUCGAAUUAAAAUCUGCUCCAUCAACCCAAAGACCAAAAGGUAACACCAAGAAAGUCGUCAAAGGUGUCGAUGUAACUGAUGUUAAUAUCUUCCCAUCUUUAUCAAAAGCUUAA